GUCGUCGCAUUCCGGCGCGCAGCCCAAACCUACGGGCUCCUCGGGGCCUCUCUAGGCUUCCCGGGAGGCUUCCGCAUUUCUAUUGUUGGUCCAGUAGCGGCCCGCUGUCCCGUCACGCCCCGCGCGCCGUCGUGGCGCGGAAGCCCGGCGGUUCGCGAGGUCCGCCCCACGGCGCGCGCGGGGAACGGUGGCCGCCCGGCGGUCACGCGCCCCCGCUGGGUCCUGAACCUAGGGAGAGACUGCACUCUUCCCUCCCGCGGGAGGCGGCGGCCGCGGCUCCGAAGGGCACCGCCCGCAGCCCGUAGGCCUCUCACCCGAUCCCGACUUCGGCCCCGGGGCCGAGAAGCGGCAUGGAGGCCGAGGACUUCCAGGAGGAGCUGACCUGCUCCAUCUGCCUGGACUAUUUCGAGGACCCGGUGUCCAUCGAGUGCGGCCACAACUUCUGCCGCGGCUGCCUGCGCCGCAGCUGGGAGCCAGGCGGCAGCCAGGUCUCCUGCCCCGAGUGCCGGCAGCCGUCGGCGCCCGCCGCGAUGCGGCCCAACUGGGCCCUGGCCCGGCUGACGGAGAGGAUGCGGCGCCGGUAUCCGGGCCCCGCGCCCCACGGCCUGUGCAGCCGCCACCGGGAGCCGCUGCGCCUCUUCUGCGAGGACGAUCAGCGGCUCGUGUGUUUGGUGUGCAGGGAGUCCCAGGAGCACCAGGCCCACACCAUGGCCCCCCUCGACGAGGCCUUCGAGAGCUACCGGAAAGUUCAUUGUGGCAUCCAUGGGGGUGAAUGGAGAAGACCAAUUAAGCUGCUGUUAUACCAUUUCAAGCAGGAGGGAAAACUUCUGAAGGCUCAGCGUAGUCUGACAGCCAAGAUGAAGAAAGCCCUGCAUUUACAGGACAUGGAAGUGAAGAAUGCUGCAGAGUGGAAGGAGAAGAUGAGGAAUAAGCGAAUGAGAGCCAGUGCAGAGUUUGCAAAGCUGCACAUCUUCCUGGCUGAAGAAGAACAACUGUUUCUUGAGAGACUGAGCCAAGAAGAAGUAGAGACAAAGAAGAAACAGAAUGAGAACACAUUAAGGCUCAAUCAGAUGAUCACUUCCAUGAAGAAGCUUAUCUUAGAGGUGGGAGAGAAGAGCCAGAGCCCCACCCUGGAGCUGCUCCAGAAUCCAAAAGAUGUGUUGACCAGGUGUGAGAACCAGGAUGUGAAGUAUUCCUUUGAAGUGCUACAGGUGAAGACUGUGUGCCGGCUACCAAUGAUGAAGGAAAUGCUGAAGCGAUGCCAAGUGGCUGUAAACCUAGCUGAGGACACCGCUUAUCCCAAACUUGUCUUCUCCCAGGAAGGGAGAUAUGUGAAAAACGCAGCAUCAGACAGUUCUUGGCCACUGUUUUCUACAGCAUGGAGCUACUUUACUGGGUGGAGGAAUCCUCAGAGGACCACAGACUUUGUGGAGAGAUUUCAGCACUUACCCUGUGUUUUGGGAAAAAACGUUUUCACUUCAGGGAAACAUUACUGGGAAGUUGAGCACCAGGGUAGCCUGGAGGUUGCUGUGGGGGUGUGUCGGGAGGACAUCAUGGGGAUUACUGGUGGUUCAACAAUGUCCCCUCGCGUGGGAAUCUGGGCCCUUUGUUGGAGUUCUGCUGGCUAUCAGCCCCUGACAGGCUUCUCUGUGAGUCUUACCAAGCUAGAGCCAGCUCUUCACCGGGUGGGAGUUUUCCUAGAUCACAGGGCUAGGGAAAUCUCAUUCUACAGUGCUGUGGACGGAGAGCACCUGUAUACUUUUUCCUUUUCUUCUGUCCCACGGCUCCGGCCUUUUUUUUGGUUGAGUCCAUUAGCAUCUUUAGUCAUCCCACCAGUGACUGGUGGGAAAUGAGGCUGUUCUUCUCCUGCCCAAGAAUCUUUGCCUUGUACCCCAGCCCAGGGACGUACAUCCCUUGGCCCUCACCUUUGACUUCAUACCUAGCCAUCCUGGGUGGUCCAUCAGUUCCGUCCAUUCAGAUUGCAACUUCACGUUUUAUUCAGCCCCCUGGACAUCCCAUGCGUAGACACAUAUGGAAGACCCUUCUGGGUACCUUUCCAGUAGCCACUGGGCCCACUUGUUCUCCUUUUCCUCUGGUUCUUCCUAAUUGAACUGUUUGCGAUGUGCCCUCCACAUGCUUCAGGGAGAGGCAGACCCAUGAGAGGGAAUUCUGGCCAGUGAGGUAGGGUGGGAAAUUCUCCAAGGUGCUUCUGGGGAAGGUUUUGUAGCUUUUAGAAAGAGAUGUCUGGGAAGACACAGCCCCUCUUCUGAUGUUAGCAGCUAUAUUGAAACUAAGAGGAGCACAGUAACUGUGGAAAAAGGAGAAAUGUGGUCUUUGUUGGCAUCAAAUAAAAUGGUUGGAAUUUCCCUAAUACCGAAUUUCUUGUUAUAUGAGAUUAUUGCUCCCUUAUUGUAUAAGGCAGUUUGAGUUGCAUUUUGGUCACUUGCAGGCUGAAGGAUCCUAACCGGGUGCUAUAGGCACAUAGUGUGGACAUCCCACAGUAUAUAUAGGCCUGUCUCAUUUUUUUCCUGAAAUUUGACAGAUGUAUAGACUCUCUUUGUAUUUAGUUAUGUAAUUCCUCUUCUAUCCAGUAAGUGCUGCCAUUUCUCACUUUCCUGGAUUGGAAAGUUGAGGCGGUCUUCCCCUGCUCUGCCCAUGCUGUUACUCUUCCCCCGACCGUGGCUCUGCCCUCAAGUGUAUCAUCUCUCCAUUUGUCAGAUUCAUAUAUUGUGUGCGUAAGAUUAUUAGCGUAGUCCUGAAAAUGUUGGGAACCACUCGUUAAGUAUUUACACUGUGCUAGCCUCUUCACAUAAUGCUCCCAUGUGACUCUUGCAACAGAGGUGGAAAUUAAAGUCCUGUCUUUACAAAAGAGAAAACGAACCUUUAGAGGACUUUGCUCAGGCCUGCCAAGCCGUCAGAUGGGCAUGUUGGGAUUGCAUCUAGCUCUGAGAGGAAGCCUCUGCUCUUUUCUGCUCUGCGUCCACCCGUGAGCAUUUAUUGAACGCUGACUGUGGUCACCAUCACCUUCGUUUCAGGUUUUUAUUUUGUUACAUGUUUUUACCUUGUAUGUGUGUUCUCCUCUCUUUACCCUCCUGCUCCAGAUUGGGUGCACUCAGAGGAUUGUGACUGUUACUGGAUAGUUAUUUGAAAAAUAAUGAUUGUUUCUCUCUGGUUAUAAAAUCAUGUACUUAUUGUAGAAACUUUGGAACAUUUAAAAAGUGUAAAGAAAAAAUUACACUUUUUUUAAUGAUAAUCCUACCACUAACUAACAUUCUAAUGUGUCUCCUCCCAGACUUUCAGUAGACUUUCUGGCAGUAAUUUAACAAGGCUUUCUACAAAACUUCCAGCACCCUCACUAGUCUCUCCUCCCCUUCCUGUGUCCCAGCCCAUCCUGGCUUGUCUUCCUUUUCAGCCUGAGCAAUCCCCCUCACUCAGUGAUUUCUGCUGAGUUCUCCUUAACUCUCCAAGAUACUUGUUGUUAUGAGUUGAAUUCUGUCCUCCAAAGAAAAAGAUAUGUUGAAGUCCUAGCUGUGAAUAUGACCUUAUCUGAGGCCAUUAGGGUGGGUCCUAAUCCAGGGUCAUUGGUAUCCUUAGAAUUUUGUACACAUAAACUUACACAUACACGCAGAAAUGCCAUGUGAGGACACAGAGGGAAGAUGGCUAUGGGAGAGGCUGGAGUUAUGUUGUCACAAGCCAAUGAAUGCCUGGGGCUGCUAGACGCUGGAAAGGCAAAGAUGAAUCCUCCCCUAGAAGCUUCUGAGGGAGCAUGGCCCUGCCAACACCUUGAUUUCAGACUUCUAGCCGCCAGAACUGUGAGACAAUAAAUUUCUGCUAUUUUAAGCCACCCAGUUUGUGAAUUUAGGAAUUUAACACACUUGCCCACCAGGACUUCCUUCAGUACUGUGAAAUAAAAUUUAUAUUUUAUGGCAAGACAAGAAAAAUUGAAACCUAAAAAAUUUUCUCUGCACAUUGGUCUCCCUCCCUGCACUGUGCAUUGUGUGUCUGCAUUAUGCAUCGACCAGCCCUCCCCCGUCAGCAGAAAUACCUGCUCAGCCGUAAAGAGCAACAUUUUUCUAGCACCAACAAGAUGACUCCUUAUAACAGUCCUUCUUGGUAAGGGGUCACAUGGCGCUUAGAUCUGAUAUAAACUGUCAAUAAUAUGUCAUUUAAUGUAUAGCCUCCUGUCUCAAAAAACUUGUAUAACUGUGCCUUGACUUCUGACGGGUGGAAAGGUUCUCAGAGCUUUCUCAGAUGCUCUUCCUGGGUUAUAAUCCUUAAAUUUGGCUCGAAUAAAAUUUUCCAUUUCUUUCUUAGAUCGACUAGUUAAUUUUUCAUCGACAAUACCUACAUUGUUAAUUUCCAGUCCUUGGGAAGCUCAUCAGUACCUUUCCUGCACUCUUCUUUCUGGGCUGUUAAACCAGCUUGGUUGGUUCAGCUACAGAGAUUUGCUCUCUGACUUCACGUAGGCUCUUUAAGCUGUUGGGUAAACAAGCUUGAUCUUUUCAUCCCUUGAAUUCCUUUUUACAUCUUCUGAUGGCAGUGAUUCCAAACCUUUUCCUCUUUUCUCAAAGAAAAGGCCUUUAUAAGCCUCCCUUCAUACUACUAUAAGGGAGGUGAAACUUUACCUCUAUUUAUCUGAGGUUUUCAUCUGGGACUCUGACAAAAAGACAGAUUAACAAGAAGUUUGUUAACAAAUGCAGCACAUCAUGCAGGAGAAAUGUAAAAUGAAGACUAACUCAAAGCAGUGGCUUAGAAUUCUGGCUUUCAUAGUAUCAUCAACAAAGAACAAUAAAAUUAUGGAGAAACGAUAGGACAAAGGAAAGCAGUUUUAGGCUUCCAAGGGUGGCGGACUGGGAAGCUAAAUAUAUAUGCGGAAAUGAAUGGAGCAGUGUUGGUUUACAGAUUCUUCUGCUGCUGUCUCUGCGCCGAGUCUGUCUCCAGUAAGAGGAGAAUUUAUAUCCUGCCUUUAGAAUUUCUGGGUUUGCUACUUCUUAAUUGCCUUCAGCCCAAAAUAAUUUUUAUGUCAAAGAGGCAUAUUUUGGGUGACACAUUCUGGUUUCCAUCACUACUUAAUACUGCAAAAAACUUGCAUCUUUUACUGAGAAAAAAAUUUUCCUCUUCUACCCAUCUGAUUAACAAUUUUUGGCCUCUUUUUGGGGUCUUGAUAUUGGACUGUCUCUCAUCUCCUCAGGUAUGGGAUGGGACCCAGGUGUUGUAUUGGUUACAAAUAAACUCUUCUGAUGUACAAACAGGAUUGAGAAUAAACACGUCCUAAUCAGUUCUCUAUUUUACUUAGUUUCUCUGAGUCUUUACUCUGUUAGUGUGUUAUAUGACUCUUUACGAGGGAUAUUUAUUCAGCAUUUCUUAUGUUUUUUUCCCCACAGAAAAUUUUUUAUUGAAGUAUAGU